AGUUAGCUGUGCAGUGUUGACUUCGGAGGGCUGCUUAGGUUUUGUAGAGUUAAACACUAGGCUAACAAACAUUUCAUGAGUCUUACAUUACACAUAUAUUUCAUAUAUUUCAGUAUGUACCGACAAUUCCGUCAUAUCCGAAACCUUCAGCGCUAUCAGCAUCGCCACAUACGAAGGGUUGUGACAGACCGAAGCAACCCAUUCCAUGCCAUGACAGAGGAAGAAUUUCUGAUGAGGUUCCGAUUAAGUAAAGAAUGCACACUUUCAUUGAUUGCACAGAUAGAGCAUCGACUGCCCCAUGCUCUUAGCAACAGAGGCUGUCCUGUGCCUUUUCACCUGCAGGUCCUAAUUGGAUUGAGAUACAUUGCCACUGGAAACGACCAACUUGGUAUAUCAGAUUGGUGUGACGUAUCACAGUCUUUUGUUAGUAGAUGUGUUGUCAAGGUAGCAUAUGCAAUUGGAAGUUUUGUGUGGCAGAGUUUCAUCAAGUUUCCAGACCAAGAUAAUAUUACCAGGAUCAAGCAUGAAUUUAUGACUAUAGCUGGAAUGCCAGGUGUAAUUGGGUGCAUUGACUGCACUCAUAUUGCAAUUGAGAUGCCAAGUCACCCGCGUCCUGAAGUUUUCCGCAACAGGAAAGGUUAUUUUUCAUUUAAUGUACAAGCAGUCUGUGGUCCUCAGUUGCAGCUGUACAACAUUGUAGCUCGGUGGCCUGGCAGUGCACAUGACAGCAAUAUUUUUGAAAAUAGUCGACUCUGUCAGGAACUCGAAGAUGGUAUUCUGCCUGGACACUUGUUGGGUGACAGUGGCCAUCCAUGUCGUGAAUAUUUGUUGACUCCUCUGACAGCUCCUCAUGGCCGUGGAGAGAACCGCUAUAAUGCUUCUCACAUAAGAACACGAAACAGUGUUGAGAGAGCAUUUGGACUAUUAAAAAGAAGAUUUGCUUGCCUUGGAAAGAAAAUGAGAACUUCAAUGAGGAACACCAAACACAUAAUUGUUGCUGCUGCAGUUCUCCACAAUUUGGCUAUCGCCUACAGAGUACCUGAGCCAGAUAAUGUAAUUCAUGAACUUCAUGAUCCAGAUGACCCAGAAGCCCAAGGAAACAUACAAGAGGAUGAAUUGAGGCAGCAACCUCAAGCAAUGAGAAAUAUCCAAGGAGUCUUUAAAAGACAGCAAAUCAUCAGAGAAUAUUUUGCUUAGGAAGAAAAUAAUCACCACCACUAGGCUUAAAGUUACCAAAAACCAAAUUCAAAGUAUGUAUAUACAG